CAGGGUCAUAGUUCGUGAAAAGAAUAUGGUAUGAUGUAAGUAGCUCGCAAGAUAAACCCCAAAAACCCGCACACCUCUGUGAAGUCCACAGAAAAAUAAUUUUGAAAAAUGAAUUGUACGGAUACUUAACGCAGAUAGGAGACUGCUGUGAUGAUGCUGCGUUUGGGUGCAAAUGUCGUGAGAGUGUCGCUGUCGUUACAAAAGCUGUGCAUCCUUUCCCUGCUCCACAUGAGGCAUCACUUCUGUCAGUGCCCCCAGCAGGCGUGGUGGAGAGGUGUGCAUAGUGGGACCAUCCGCAGCCUGUGUGCCGGACCAGACUCACCUGCUCCUCCCUCACUGAGUUACCCAGCCCAGAACUGUGACCUCGAAUCCAGCCCUGCUACCUCCGCUUGGACCCCUGACCAGGGCCCGCCGCCUGCUCCCACCCACUGCUGCAUGAGCGGGUGUCAUAACUGUGUGUGGAUCGAACACGCAGAGCAGCUGCUGGCAUACUACCAUGAUGGGGGGGACCGGGCAUUAGCUGCCAUUGAGGAAAAUGUCCCGGAUGAGAACCUUAAAACCUUCCUAAAGAUGGAGAUCAGACUCUUGAAGAAGCCGUGACACAAGUUGUCUUUGACACUUGCUUUGACUGGAGCCCUGUGAGAGUUAUCUUAUGUGAAGGUCUUUUGACGUGGUGUAUGCACUUUAUAACUCACUCCUGUCUCACAUGUCUAGUGUCAUAUUGUUUUAAUUAUACAUUUCACUGGUCUCAUUUUUAUCACUGAUUGCAUGUUUCAGAUUUAACGCAUAGACAAUUUGUAAAGCUUCCAGCCAGAUAUGGUUUAGCUGACAAAGAUUGGGGAUGGCUGUCGGUUUUUGGUAUUUGGUUUUUGGGAUUCACCACCUGCAGUGACUGAUAGCUGAUUAAAACCAACAAUGGAUAUUGUGCAUAACAUUUUGUUUCAGCUUAAAAUGUACUUGCCAAACCCAUUCACUUCCUUAUGAGGAAGGCCUGAAAUGUUUCCAGACUAAUCCCUGCUUGUGUUUGCAGUGUAGUGCCAUGGAUGAUUGCACCUCUUGGAGUGGCCAUGAACAAUAAGUCCUGCAGAGAAGGAACUUGCAACACACAUUUCAGUAUCUUGUUACACAGUGCAGUAGGCACCUUAAAUUUAUUCUUAUUCACAUGGCAGUUUCUUUCCCAGGUCUACAGAGACAAUCCAUUUUUUUUCACUUUUCACCUGAACUUUAUUUUAACCAAUGAUCUUGAAACAAAUCAGUUUUCCCAUCAUUAAUGCAACACAUUCGCACAAUUUAGAUUUGAAGUUUUUUUUAUAUAUCUAUUCUGAUUGAAGUCUGAGUUGAAGUGUAAAAAGUACUUUUAUUUUUUCUAUGUUUUGUGGAUAGAUUAUUUUAUUUUAUUUUAUUUUAUCAUGUAUAAAUUAUGAAUUUUAAAUGUAUUGCAAAAAAAAAGUUGUCUGUUUAAUAAAUAUACUUUUCUCUA